UAAUAAUAAUAGAAUUCAGAACCAAUAAAUAUGUUAAGAUUCACUUGAAAAUUUUAAACAUCAUAUUUACACAUCAUAUUUUUCCCCAAACAUUACAAAUUCUGUUUCUGGUUCUGCUGACGCCUUGCACUCCUGGCACCUUGACCUGACCAUAUACCAAUCAUCAAGUAAUAUCCAUUUUUCUCAAACAUUCUUAUUAUACCUUUACAUAACGUUAAUACAUUUGACAUUUAUUUUAAUUGCUGCAGUUUGAUUGCUCAGUGUGACCCAAAGGAUGAGCUUGAGGAUGCCGUAAUUCAAAUUUAAAGGCAGGAUCCAUAAGCAAUACACAAUUAUUCUGACCUUUCACUAUUGGUGACGUCUUAAGGACGUCAGCAGGUGCAGGUACCCUCACGUGAUAAGACUGUUCUUUCAGCUAACCUUUGCACACUAAAUUGUAAUGGCGUUGUGAGGAGACCUUUAGCACCAGCCUUGUGAAAUUACUUUAUUCUGAUAUGUGCAGAAGGUCUUCCAUUUUAGAGGCAAUAUUCUUCCUUAGAGGUUGAAAAUCAACCAGUCUGCAGUUGCCCGCAGGAAGCUUCAUGCCUCAUUCCUUCAGACCCUAGGGUCUGUCUCUUUUUGUCUCUCUCCCUCUCCUCUGCUGUAAUUAAACGAGCAUUUAUGUCUGAUUUCUCUCUCUGACAAUCAGGAAUAAUUACGCCACAUUACAACACAGCCUGCUGAGAUGGGGCAGGACCGCACUGAGGCAGCUCUGAUAAAGCGCUUUAAAGGGGAUGGUGUCCGCUACAAGGCCAAGCUCAUCGGCAUUGAUGAGGUCACCGCCGCAAGAGGAGACAAGCUCUGUCAGGACUCAAUGAUGAAGCUAAAGGGGAUCGCAGCCUCAGCACGCUCGAAAGGAGAACACAAGCAGAAAGUUUUUCUUACAGUGUCCUUCAGCGGGAUCAGGAUUUUCGAUGAAAAGUCAGGGGUUCUUCAGCACCACCAUGCAGUUCAUGAGAUUUCUUACAUUGCCAAGGAUAUCACAGACCACCGGGCCUUUGGCUAUGUAUGUGGGAAAGAAGGCAACCACCGAUUUGUAGCCAUCAAAACGGCUCAGUCUGCUGAGCCGGUGAUCCUCGACCUUCGUGACCUUUUCCAGCUGAUCUAUGAGAUCAAGCAGAGAGAAGAGAUUGAGAAAAAGGCUCAGAAAGACAAGCAGUGUGAACAAGCAGUUUACCAGACCAUUCUGGAAGAAGACGUGGAGGAUCCGGUGUACCAGUACAUUGUGUUUGAGGCGGGACACGAGUCCAUCCGUGACCAAUCAGAGGAGAGCAUUUAUCAGGUCCCUACCAGCCAACAAAAGGAGGGAGUCUAUGACGUCCCAAAGCGACAUCCAAAUGAACAUAAUGGCCAGACCAAACUGCUGGAUCUGGAUGCUGAUCUAGUGCUGUUCCCUCAGAAUAUUCACCAGUUAGAGCUUUUUGGAGACAUGUCUACUCCACCUGAUAUCACCUCUCCCUCAACACCCGCCUCUCCGGCUACCGCUCUAGACCCAACGCUGCUCCAUCAGCCCCCCUCAGAACUGUUUGCUGCAUUCAACCCUGCCUCUGUGCCCUCAGGUUAUGUGACGAUGGGAGCAGUGCCCCCGGGCUGGGCACAGCAGCAGUUUGCAGCCCAGGCACCGCUGGCGUUUGGAGUUCAGUCACCAGUUCCCAUGGCUCAGGUGUUACCUGGUGGGCAGCCGCUAAUAUGGGGCCAGGCCAACCUCUUCCCCGCCACGCAGCAGCAGUGGGCAGCUAUGGCCGGAGCCCACUUCUCACCUGCUGCUUUUGUCCCUGCACAGACCAUGGGACCACUCCCAGCUGCUAUGUUUCAGGCACUGGCACCCAUGCCCAUGGCAGCAGCAUGUCCCACCGCUGGCCCUUCCCCAGGCACGCCAACCGCAGGCCCCUCAGCUUCCACAGCCUCUAGCCCGCAACAUGGCGAGCGCUCAAUGCCUGGACAGACCAAGAUGAACAAGGAGAUGUUCAAGGACUUCCAGAUGGCCAAGCCACCGUCGACAGGUACGCGUAAGAGUGAGCAGCCCAGUCUGUCGUGCACCACAGACGCUUUUACCAGCUACUUCAGCCGGGUGGGACUGGCACAGGACAACGACGACUGUGAUGACUUUGACAUCUCCCAAAUGAACCUGACGCCCGUCACCUCCACCACACCCUCCACCAACUCACCGCCCACACCAGCCCCUCACCAGAGCUCCCCAUCUAAGGCAUCGUCGCAGGCCAGUGACCCGCCCACUGAUGAUUCAUUUGGGGAAGCGGAGGGCAGCCCCAGCCGCAGCGGCGAGGAGGACACUGCCGGAGAUGCUCAGUCUCCGAGUGUGAGUGAGCCUCAAGCAGAGCCAGGUGGCUCUGAGCCGGACAGUCCUCAGGGGAAGGACCCUCUCUACGCCAAGAUCUGCAAAGGGAAGAAGUGAAGGAUCAUGGGAAGACUGCACACAACUGAACAGUGCUCAGGGGGGUAGCAAGAGACCAAACCCUUAGAGCCGCUCUGUGUGUGUGUGUGUGUGUGUGUGUGUGUGUGUGUGUGUGUGCGUGUGCAUGUAUGCGUGCAAGAGUGUGUGUGAUCAAGAGAAUAUGUGUGAGUGUAAGUAAGAGGAAUGGAAGUGACAGGCUGACGACAGAGUGUGUGUGUGUGUGUGUGUGUGUGUGUGUGUGUGUGUGGUUGCAUGAGAGUGGAUGGUAUUCAGAGCUCACCUGUGAUGGAUCACCCCAGCCUCCUUGGCCUUCAGUCAGCCUCUGGAUCUCACUCUGUCUGGAGAACUCUUCUUUCUGUCUUUCCAUCGAGCUCUUUGUUUGUGUCGCACCGUGUUUCCUACACUCAUAAACUGAACGUGGAAUAUUAUACACAGCUGAUGAUCAUGAUGAUGAUGAUGAUGAUGACGACGAUUAUGAUGAUGAUCUUCUUCACACUCUUUCUCUGCUCACUCUGUCAUUCUUUUGCUCUCUUUUUCUGUUUCACUCUCAUGGCAUCUAGCCAAGGUAGUAUGAGUACAAAGUCUGAGAGGUGCCUCAUUCCACUGUACACACACACACACACACACACAUACACUCACGCUCACUCAAGUGAGAGUUCAAGAAAUCACUGCUUCAUGAUCCUGCAUAAUCCCAGUCUCUGCACUGUCAUCUCGCUGCAUAGUCCAGGCCAGAGCAACCGAUUACAGAGUAAUCCAUUUGAUCCAUCCAUAGGAUUAUGUGAUUCAUCCAUUUGGGUUUGUUUGGUUUUGCUCCCUGAUCUAUUUGAGAUUCUGCUGCUAGAGAGCUAUGCAGAAAUGAAAAAAGAGACUUCGUCUUUCUCUGUGGACCUUUCAGACAGAGAUCUGACUCAAGGAGUGACUUUGCCAAAAUCUCUCUCUUUCUUUCUUUUUUGCGGGAAAGACUUCUGAGCAGCUCAUAUGGAGAAGACAUUGCGACAGUGGAUGUUGCCAAAACAAGCUGAAUCAGUGACUGAACUGUUCCUUCUCUAUAGCUUUUGUACAAUACUAAUAAGACAAAAAAAAACAUGACAUUGAAAAAGGGAUUUUUAUUUUAUAAGUCAGUGGAGCCCUUGAGGCCGACUUGAGACGUGUUUUAAGGGUAAACAUGGCUUUAAGGCAUCAGAUCAUUGGUUUGCCAAAUUCAUUUUGUAAAUAACAGUAAUGCCAACAAUAAUGCUGAUGAUGAUAAUAGUGUUCAUUCUUUCCGCCGGACCUCUGUGCCAUAAAAUAGGCAGGCUUAAGUGAUGCAAGCUCAUCAUGGAACCCAAGCAAUAUCUACAUGUGUCAAAAAUUCCCCUCUGUGGUUUACAUUGCUGUCAACACCUGUGCAUGUUUGGUUUAUUAACAAUGUGGCGCACAUCCUUUGGGUACAGUGAAGAAAAGCAGGCAGUUAAAAUACCCCAAAUGUCAUAGCACAAGGCUCAUGAUAAGAUAAUUGAGUAAGUAAAGGCUGACAGACUCUCCAGUAGAUAAACAUGUUGUAAAUAACUGGGAGCAAGCGAUUGUGUUUCCUGAAAGUUAAAACUUCAUAAUUGAUCCUUAAACUCAUUUCAAAAGGAUACAAACUCUCCAAUAUACAGUUCUGUGCAAAAGUCUUAGGCACAUGCAAAGAAAUGCUGUAGAGCGAACAUGUCUUCAAAAAUAAUGAAAUUAAAUGUUUCUUCAUUUAAAAAAUACUAUAAAGAGCAGUAAACAGUACUAAAUUAAACUAAGUCAAUAUUUGGUGUGACGAUCCUUUGCUUUAAAAAAAAACAGUAGUCUCAGGUACAAUGUGUGCAGUUUUAUAAGGAAAUGAGCUGUAAGUGUUAUUGAGCAUCUUGCAGAAGCAGCCACAGUUCUUCUGGAGACUUUGACUGUCACAUUUGCUUCUUAUUUUUGGAGCGAAACCCAGCAGCCUUCAUUAUGUUUUUUUUUUUUGGUCUGAAAAGUGUCUCUUACAUAAUAUGUUGCUUUCUUUACUGACAUACAAACAUUUUUCUGUAGACAUUUAAUUUUGUGCUGGAAAACUAAUGUUUGGAAUCUAAAAUGUUUUUGUACUGAAUCAAUAAUGUAGAAGUCAUAAACUAAAAAUCUAUAACAAAGUUUGUACUAAAAGAAAAUAGGGUGCCUAAGACUUUUGCACAGUACUGUAUAUGGAUUUGUAUUUUCUAAGAUACAGUUCCAAAGUGUGCAAGAUUGUAUACUUUUUGUUAAGUAUUAACACUAAUUAAGCAACGAAUCUUGCUACUGUAAAAAAAAAAAAAAAAAAAAAAAACUAAACAAGCAAAAGAAUUUGCGGAGCCUAUCACUAACUGGGUCAUGUGCUAAUAAACCUGUGGUAUUUUAGUGCAGUCUGGUCUCAUUCUCCAGCUCUCCUGCCAUGUGGCUUGCUGUUUAAAUGGUUUUUUAGAUGCCUUCUGUGUCACCACGCACACUGGCGCAACCACAAAACAUGCAUGAGCUCACUCAUCUACAUGUGCAUUCCCAAACACACCCACCCACACACCCACACACACACACACACACACACACACGCAUUAAUUUGUAAAUCAACCUUACUGUCCAUUUCUGGUAAAUUGCCUUCACAGUAGGUACACCAAAAACACAGACCACAUAACCACAUACACCUGUUAUUUUUCUAUCCAAAAUUAAACCAAGAUCAAAACCUGCUAGCGACGUGCGUGUGUGUGUGUGUGUGAGAGAGAGAGAUAGAGAUAGAGACAUGAGCAGCCAAUUCUCCUUGUAUUUCAUUACCUGUAAUGACUAAUACUCCCUAUUUUAUGGCCAGAGUCCUGUUUUAAUCUGAGAGCCAUUUUGGCCCUUUAAAGUUCAUAAACUACACUUGGGAUAUAAAAAGAAGAUUGUGAAGCCAGGAGAAAAGAAGGAGGAUCAUUAAUGCUUUGAGUAUGUUUCUAGACCUAUUUUAACUUUACCUCAGCUAAUGGUUUGUUAAUGUAAAAGGACGUCUUAUUUUUAUCUCAAUGAAGAUGACAUUCUACAGUGGAUUUUUAGGAGAUUUCUUUUUUUUUCUCGAUUUACAUAUCCCACCAUGUAAUACUGUACCAAUAAACACGAACAAAUUAUACCUUGUUUUUUUCUUCAAUAAAUCUCAUUAAUAUGUGCAUAUUGGCAAGUUCUCUCUUCUCAAGGUAACUCUUUCUUUUACAGUCUAGGUAUCUGGGUGAGUCAAAACCUUAUUUAUGCAUAUUUUUUUUUCAUUGUCACAAAGGUGUGUCGUUUUUCUACAUGAUCUCCAUUUCUUUGAAUGAAAGUGUUCCAGCCCUUUACAGGUGUCAGGGUUUCCUCUAGAAAAAAAAAUUGAUUCACUUCUAAUUUAUGUUUCACUUUUAAGGUUUUCGUGUGUGAUACAAUCCCCAGAGUACUGGGUAAUUAUUUUGGCUAAAGACAAUUUAACUAAAUUUUACCAAAAUGCUGGACAGGUUCUACCUUUUAAGCAGCACAGAAUGGAAAAAGAACAGAAAGUACCAAAAUAGUUUAACAAAAUUUGACCGAUGUGCCUGGCAGGGACUUGGUAUUCUGAAAAAAAAACAAAAAAAACAGAUACACAAUAAAAUACAUCAUGAUUGAAAUAAAAUUCAUUUUAUUCAUUUAUUUGUUUUGCACCAUUCUAAGAUAUCCACCACUAUGUACUGGCAUGCCGAAUACUGUAUGUGAUUAGCAGGCAUACUGUAAAACAGAUCUGUGGUGAUGUAUUGCUUUUACAUGGUUCUCGCUUAUCUGUCAUGGUUACAGUCUAAAAAUAAGGCUGCACGAUAACACUGAUGUGCAGUUUACGCACAACAGAAUUAAGCAGUCACUGCACAUUUUCCACCUCUAAACAGGCAUUGAUGUUUCUCUUAAACAGUAGUUAACCUAAUUGUGUUCAUAUUUUAUUCAUGACUUACACAUUAAGACUACAUUUUCGUCCCAUUCGAAAACUCCUAGAAGUUGUUUCG